UUUUCUAAGAAAGCUCCCACAAAUCACGUGUCCUCUCUAGCCCAAGUUCGCUGUGCGAGUAGUAUACUCCGCAUUUACGACUACGUUUGGUGCCGUUUUACUUCCUCAGUUCACCGUGUGGAGUCUUCCCUGAUCUGAGCGUCGACAAUUCUGCGUUCCAUUUUGAUUGAAGGUGCAAUGACUCGUCUAAGCAGGACCAUUUAUGUUGGCAAUCUCCCUGAAGAUAUUCGGGAGAGAGAAGUUGAAGAUUUGUUUUACAAGUAUGGGAAUAUUGUUGAGAUUGAGUUGAAAAAUCCAUCAAAACCUCCUGCUUAUGCUUUUGUGGAGUUUGAAGAUCGCUAUGAUGCUGAAGAUGCUAUUCGUGGUCGUGAUGGCUAUAUCUUUGAUGGGUGUCGCUUGCGAGUUGAAAUUGCACAUGGUGGGCGAGGAACAUCAUCAUAUGAUCGCCACAGCAGCUAUAGUAGUGGGAGUCGUGGUGGAGUUUCAAGGCGUUCUGACUUUCGGGUCCUGGUUACCGGGCUUCCUACCUCUGCCUCGUGGCAAGAUCUGAAGGAUCACAUGCGCCGAGCUGGAGAUGUCUGCUUCUCUCAAGUUUACCGGGAUCGUGAUGGCGUGAGAGGAAUUGUGGACUACACAAACUCUGAUGACAUGAAGUAUGCGAUAAAGAAGCUUGAUGACUCUCUAUUCAAAAAUCAACAGUCUCGGGCGUAUAUACGGGUUGUGAAGCAUGAUUGUAAAAGAAGCCCCUCCAGGAGUCCUAGUCCAUAUAACUCUAGGAGCAGAAGUCGCUCAAGAAGCCGGAGUCCUAAACGCCGUAGAAGCAAGAGCAGAAGUCCAUCCCCAAGGGGCAAACGUUCCCGUCGAUCAGUAUCUAGACCGCAUUCAAGGUCUAUUUCUCCUGUUCACUCUAUUUCAAGAUCUGUGUCAAGAUCCAAAUCACCAGCAUCACCAACUCGUGCAAAGAAUGCGACGACCAAGGAACCUAGCCGAAGCAGAAGUAGAAGUCUGUCUCGUCCCCGUUCUGAGAGAUCUGAUGUGGAGCAGCUGCCAGCUUGAGAAACAUGAUUAGAGGAAUCUUAUAGACCUUCAUGGCAUGCAAUUUUAGGGACUUAUAUUUGUCGUGAAAUUUAAGACUAAGAAGAGACGUUGUGAUGAUUCUCUACGGGUUUUGGGGAUAUAUGGUGUCCUCAUUUUUUUAAUCAGUUAUGGUCUUUUUCUUAUUGCAUUCUACAACUGUAUCUGCCAGUUUUAUGCGCUUAUUAUUGUGCAAGGACUUACGGUUUCUUCUCCAACUCAAUUAGAAUUGUGUUUGUAAAGGUUGUUUGGCCGGAUGAGCAAGAAAUUUAGUUGAAAAUUUCAAAACCCAAAUAUUUAUCUAUUAAUUGGAAAACUUUAUUAGAAUAUGCGUUUGCCU